UGGUUGCUUGUUGAAAGGAAAUUUUCCUGGAAUGCUCCGCGCUCGUUGGCAAGCUGGGGAUAUCCUGGUAAAAACAAUUACCAAUUAUGUAAUUGUGGGCUGCCAGAACUCUGUCGAUGAUCGAUCACGUACUAAUCAGAAACGUGAACCAAAGGUCUGGCCCGUGUGGUGCCAAACAGGCAAUGAACAAAGGACUUCCACAGCACCAACGUAUGGCGUUGCACUGGAAACGCCGCCAUACCAACUGCACUACAGCUAGCAAGCAACCGAUUGUUCACACGGGGUUUCUAGCAUGAAUAGAGGGAUGCCGGGCAUGGGCACCUCCCCGUAUCCUCCCCGGAGCCGUUUUUGUUCUUCUCUUACAGUAAGAAAGUACGAAUGCUGCUAACAGCAGCGGCAGCACAUUGUUGUUGACAGGCAUAUCAUACGUACGCGUCAUUCACAUAUACCCUCCCCCACUCGCAGCCCCUACUCGUCGCAAGCGCCAGAGGAGUGUUUGUGAUCAUGGUCAACUCUCGCCAGCUUCUUUCGCUCGCACUAGCGCUGUGCUCGUGCCAUGCCUCUUCGGCGUUUGCUGGAGUCGUGACCACGCGCGGAGGAGGGGUGCCUAGCCCAGCAGCCACGCCGCCAAGGGCUAUCGAUGGCGUGGAGCAGCAGCUUGGUGUCGUAAGACGAGCUCGCGGCGGGGUCCUCCUGCGCAGACGCGGGGUAGCGGUGCCCGCCCCCGACAAUGGCGGCCUCGUGGUGGAAUCGGGCAACAAGAACGGCGGCGAUGGUCUCCUCGCCUCCUACCUCCGCGCCCUAGACACCAAACCCAUCAUCACCAAGGUCGUCACGUCCGGGGUGAUCUGUGGCAUCGGUGACAUCAUGGCGCAAGCGCUGGCGUUCAAGACGGCGGCGACGGAGUCGUUUACGUUGGGCUCUUUUCUGGCCGCCCUUGAGUUCAAGCGGUUAGCCAUCUAUGGUGAGACUUGCCUUCACGUUUUGCCAAGAAUGGGUAUUUUCUCCCGUGUGUUCUCGUUUUGCCUCGGCCCCCGGGGGUGGGGAGGAGGGCUGGUUCACCGACAGCAGUACCUGCGGUGGUGUAGAGAAACCUACGGUGGUGUAGAGAAAGGAAAAAGGGUGGUUGGGGCCCUGGGGAUCCCCCGCCCAGGGCACCACUGGGUCUAA